AUGGGUUCACCAGUAGUUUCACCAUUGAUAAACCUUGUGGUGAGAGUGUUUACAAUAAUCUUUAUAUUGGCUUCUCUCAUUGUUCUUGCAACUGAUAAUAUUACUUAUGGGCUUGGUUUCUAUGAUUACGGUGGUUAUCAAAUUAAGUCCACUGAUAUUUAUGCUUACCGUUACAUGAUUUCUGUGAUGGUUAUUGGGUUGGUGUGGAUUCUCAUUCAAUGUGUCUUCACAAUCCUUCACUUUAGCUCUGGAAAUCCCAUUGGUGGUAAUGCUUUUGCGUAUAUCGAAUUUUAUGGUGACAAGGUAAUUUCAUAUUUGCUAGGCACAGGGGCGGCUGCAGGGUUUGGACUAACGGUUGACGCGAAACGGUAUGGAGGGUUUGGACUAACGGUUGACGCGAAACGGUCUAUAUUGGAUUCAUACGAAAAUUAUUCCUCUUCAUUGGAUUCAUUCGAAAAUGAUUUCUUCAACAAAGCUAAUGCUGCUGCUAGCCUUCUCCUUAUUGCCUUCCUGUUGUCUGCUAUUUCCUCUGUGUUUUCUUCCUAUAAUCUCCCCAAGGUGGUUACCGACACUUAAUGCCUCGCCGCCUCCGUCGCU